AGGGACAUCAGAGCUAACACUGCAGUCCAUAAGAAGCUGCUGACUUCACCUGCACAGACAUGGCUCCCUGCUCCACCAACUUCUCCUCUAUUCACCACAUCAGGAUCUCUGAAAAAGACAACAUUAAACUGAGAAAACCUAUUGUGGAGAAAAUGCGCAGAGAUCGCAUCAACAGCUGCAUCGAGCAACUCAAGAUCAUUCUGGAGAAGGAGUUCCACAAGCAGGAGCCCAACUCCAAGCUGGAGAAAGCCGACAUCCUGGAGAUGACUGUAAGCUUCCUGAGGCAGCAGCUGCAGCCGGGCCUCUGUCACAGCGACUACAACCAAGGCUACUCUCACUGCUGGAGGGACUCUGUGCAUUUCCUGUCUGCUGGAUCCAACACAGAGGCCUCUGCCUCUUCUCUGCAGGGCCUCCAGGAGCAGCAGCUCCAUCAGGCCCAGAGAGCCAGCAGCUCAUCCCCAGUCUGCUCCACCCUCAGGCCCACCACGCUGCAGGACAGCAGCAGCAGCAGAGGGCCCAUGUGGAGGCCUUGGUAGACACUCUGACACACAGACACUCUGACACCUGAGGGGACGCUCUCUCACUAUGUAGGAAAUAUAUUUCCAGCUGGCUCAUUCACGAUGGGUUUCUUUAUUGUCUCAUCACAUUGAUGGACAAGUAGUAAAAGCUAAGGCUCUCACUUAUUUGAAGGUUGUCCUGCUUUGACUUUGAUUCACAUUUGAUGUUUGAUUUUCUUUUGUGUUUAAAGCUGGAGGUUGAUUUUGAGUGAAAUGACUGUUUACUCCAGUGGAGUUUAUCUUUGGACUGCUUGAUGUAACAGUAUCUGCCGUACUGUGUUAUACUGACAGCUGCUGUUGAGAAUAUUUCUCUUCUUUUUUUGAAUUAUCUAUGCCAAAUUGUAUGUGUGAGGAUGUUGAUGGCGUGUGUUUGUCCAUGUGUGCAAGUUGAUGUUCCUAUUAACAUUUGUGUUGAUAUUACUGUUUUGCUAUCACAUGUAGGCUCUUAAAACUCAUAUCUAACAUUUGUAUGACAAUUUAUAAUAAAAAAAGAUACAAUCAUAGA